GCUAACACAGCAGCUGCGAGCAACCCGCCCUCUCAAAACAAAGAUGUUCAACAAAGCGAGCGCACCGCAUCUUUACUCGACGAUGUAAAGAUUUACGGAAGCGGAGUCCCAGGCGUGGCAGAGGAACUUCCGCCUUCUACAGCACAAAAAUGACAGCGACACUGCGUCCUUACUUGAACGCUGUGAAGGCCACCUUGCAGGCAGCCCUCUGUCUGGAGAACUUCUCCUCUCAGGUGGUAGAGCGCCACAACAAGCCAGAGGUCGAGGUCAGGAGCAGUAAGGAGCUGCUGCUUCAGCCCGUGGUGAUCAGCCGUAAUGAAAAGGAAAAGGUGCUCAUCGAGGGAUCCAUCAACUCUGUCAGAGUCAGCAUCGCUGUCAAGCAGGCUGACGAGAUCGAGAAGAUCCUGUGCCACAAGUUCAUGCGCUUCAUGAUGAUGAGGGCCGAGAACUUCUUCAUUCUGAGGAGGAAACCGGUCGAGGGGUACGACAUUAGCUUCCUGAUUACCAACUUUCACACGGAGCAAAUGUACAAGCACAAGCUGGUGGACUUUGUCAUCAACUUCAUGGAGGAGAUCGACAAGGAGAUCAGCGAGAUGAAACUGUCCGUUAACGCCCGCGCCCGUAUUGUUGCCGAGGAAUUCCUCAAGAACUUCUAAAGGCAAAGUGUCCUCCCGUGGCUCCGCACAUGGAGGGGAACGCCUCAAGGGCCAAUCAGCACAAGGAAUGGCGAACUAUCGGAGUGAGCAGCCAAUCAGCGAGGAGAAGUAUAAAACGUGACCAAUCUGGCGAUGAUGCGCUUUGCACACGUCUCUCGAGCGUUCCCCUGUAUUCGUGAAUAUCGCUAACUGUAUAUAAUGAAAUAUUUACCAGUUUCAUUUUUUUCUGCCACUCAGAACAAAUCCCCAAACCAAGGCGGGUCCUUUAAAGUAUUAAUCAAGUUGAUAUCCAUGAAUACAGGGGCAUAGAGAAUGUGUUGUUGCAAAUAAAAUGGCCUGUAUUUUUUUUUUUUUUUAAAUAUAUUUUUUUGUAUGUACGUCUGUACGUCUUCUACGUCCUGUACCCAGUCUGCCAUUGUUGUCUCGUUUCAAAUUUGUUUCUAAAAUUCUCCGUUCAUGAUAUCCAUGUUUUGAGAGGAGGAAAGUAAUCAGUGUGGCAUUUUAUUACAUGGAAUAUGUGCUCUCUUUGAGUAAACCACCAAAAAUCCACAUAUGAAAAUAUUGAAUGAUAAAAUAAUCAAUAAAACUCACGAUUGUUUAUACUGA